AUGGCUCCAGUCUUAUUUAAAAUGCUGUUUAUGGUCUUUGGUAGCAUCCUGACAGCACACAUUCAGGCAUCUGUAUCAGAAGAAGAAAAGAACGAUCCUAAUGGAACUGAACCUGUGUCUCACCCCGAGAUCUACAGCCCCACAACAGAAGUCCACAUAGGAGAGAAUGUAACGCUGUCUUGCUUCUCAAAGACUGGUUCUCUGCCUAUUAAGUACACGUUAUAUAAAGAAAGAAACAGAGUGCUACCUCCUGUGAACAUGAGCAACAACGGAGAAAAGGCUGAAUUCCAUUUCACUAUCAAUUUAAUCAGUGACCUGGGCGAAUAUAAAUGCAAAGCUGAAAACAAUUCUACUCAAGGAAAAUAUAGUCUUGGCUUCAACUUCACAAUGACAGGAGACAACCAUAAUUUAGCUGUGUUCAUCGUGCCACCUGUACUAUUGCUGCUGCUGCUGCUGGCAUUAGUUUUAGCAGUUCCACUGCUUAUACUUCCCUGGUGUAAAGCAAGAAAACUGAGAGGCACCUCACCCAAUGAUUUUGUUCCAGCAAGGGACCCAACUUUACAAAACGAUGUAACUUAUGUUGAGAUUGCACAUGAAGAAAACCACCAAGAAGAAUAUGUCAACUUGGAAUUUAGUAACAAAAAGGAAGAAAGCAAACAAGUGAGUUUGAGAGACGACACUACAGUAGACUAUUCAGAAGUUAUCAGAAGAUAAAAAGCUGUUCCAGUGAUGACGGCAUUGUUUCAAGAUAUCCAGGCCAAACAGAAAUUCCAUUUUCUAAGAGUUCACUGAACAAUCCCUGACACACCUUUGGGACGGAAAAAAAUAUUGUUACUUGAAGAACUGAAAGGGACACUAAAUCUCCUAACAUAGGGUAUAAUGCUGAUGAAUUAUAAAUUUGAGAUACGUGCGAAAUUUUAGGGAACAAAAGGGUUCCCUGGGUAUGCCACAAUUUCUUGUCAGGAAACACACUUGCAGACCAAUCCUUUACAGAGUUCCUCCAAUCGAAACCCACCAGUUUCAAUGGGCUUAGAGCGGAGUAAUUUUGUACAGGACACACUGUAAAUUGGGACUUAUUAAUUAUUUUAACAAUCACCCAGAUUUUGAGGGGUUUGCUAGAAGAAACCUCACUCAUAGUGCCUUUCCUUGGUGGUAAAAAAUAUUAGAGGCAGCAAGCACUGCUGGGCCUCUUUACAGAUCUUGCAUCUGUGCCACUCUGAUGCUGAGCAUUAUUUGCACAUGAGUAGGGAGGGAAGUGAGGCAAUGAUUCAGUGGUAGAGCAUCUGCAAGAGUCCCAUGUUUGAUCUGUAACAUCUCAAGUUUAAAGGAUUAGACAGAAGGUGAUAUGAAACAUCUCUAGUUGUAUCUUGACGUGCUGCCCUCUGUCCAAGUAAACUGUAUUGACCUAGGUAGAUCAAUGGUCUGACUCCAUAGAAGACAGCUUUAUGUGUUCAUGUGUGAUACAAGACUACGACACCUACAGCACUUUAGAGAAGAAGACCAGUAUAAACAAAGCAGCUUCAUAUGUAAUUGAUGUAUACUUAGUCUUCGCGCACACACCCUUUUUCUACCCCAACCUGCCUACCAGUCAGUUGGCAUCACGAGAAUCUUCCAGGUCAAAUCCUUCAUGUAUUAUGCUGAUGUGUGUGUGUCUACCACCUCUACAGUCUGAGGUCUCUCUCAAUGACCCCAAUAUCCCGAAGUAGCACAAACUGGAACCCCCCCCCCC